CGCUGGCCACCUCGCUGUAAAGUGACAACACAGCGGGGUCCUUCAUUUAGCGCCAGUUUGGAUUCCUCUGUUUUCUCUCCACUCCAAUUUUCUCCCAGUUUUAGCUCGGAUUUUAAAGUAUGAUUUAAACUUCUAGAACGUGAUUUAUAAGAAUUAGCACUGACAUUACAAUAAGUGGACGACCAAGUUUACGCGGCUGUCAGAACUGUAAAUGCUGAUCGGGUUUGUGGUUUAUUGACAACAUCCUUUUAUUUCAAAAGAAUGGAUGGUGAAGAUGAUCUGGACAUUUUGACAGCUCUUUUGGAUGAGAGUGAAGGAGUGGAGCAGCAGCAGAACCAGGCAGAUGAUUUGGAUGAUCUUUUUGAUGAGGAAAACGAUGGAGAGGAAUACAAAGAUGGAGCCGAGGAGACAGAGGACCAACUGUCUGAGCUGUUUGGAGAUGUAGAGGACAUCGAGAAGGAGGAGAAAAGCAAAGAAGAGGUCUUAGAGAGUCUCAACAGGUCCAAAGAGGAUUUACAAGAUGAGUUGAAGAGGAUGCAAGAACAGAUGAAGAAAUUACAGCAACAACUUGAAAUGAGCCAGAGCAGUUCUUCCAAAUCUCCUGCUUCCCCUAAACCUCCAACACAACAGAAAACCUCAAAACCAAACUUGCCUAAACCUGCUCCUCCACAGAAGGUCAAAUCACCAAGGGAGACCAUCUCCACUCCACUAAGGAAAGUCCAUGAGUCCUCAGACUUCUCUGCACAGCUCAGUAAUGCAGACUCCUUCAUAAAGAAACCAAGAGUUGCGCACCAACCCAAAGCCAGCACACCUCCAGAGAGCAGAGGUCCGCUGAUGGAGAUAAAGUUGGGCAGUUCGUUUCAACCUGUGGAGACACUAGCCACCAAUCCUCUGCGCUCUCCUUCUUUCAACAGCAGACCUGGGUCUAGACCUGUGUCUGGAUCAGGAUCUGGAGCAGGGACUUCGGGGGGAACGAUCAGACCUUCUGCUCUCCCACCUCUGCCCAAAGAUGUGGCAGUUGAGAAAUACUCUGGCCUCAGACUAAGAAAACCGCGUGUGUCCUCCACUGACAUGGAACGUAAAAUGGCCGACAGGCGCUUAAUCCGUUUGUCUUCGGUCCCAGAGCGUUUGACCCGAGAGAAACUUGAGGAGAGCGACUGGGUCACAUUUGCUGUAGUGGUCAGUAAGGCCACACCACAGAGCAGCAACAGUGGUAAGACCUUCAGUAUCUGGAAGCUUAAUGACCUUCACAACUUGGAGGUGUUUGUGUCUCUGCUGUUAUUCGGGGAAGUCCAUAAAGAACACUGGAAAACUGAACCAGGGACUGUGAUCGGCCUCCUCAACCCCAACCCCAUGAAACAGAAGGAUGGAUACGAUGGGGUGAGUCUGACAGUGGACCACCCACAGAAGGUGCUGUUGAUGGGUGAAGCCCAGGACUUUGGGACAUGUAAAGGAGUGAAGAAGAAUGGAGAACCCUGCUCACAGAUUGUCAAUAUAUAUGAGUGCCAGUUUUGCCAGUAUCACGUCAAAGCCCAAUAUAAGAAGAUGAGUUCAAAGAGAGCCGAGUUGCAAUCAUCAUAUUCUGGAAAAGCUCCAAACAAAUUCAAGGGAAAAGGAUCAAAUCUGAGAGAGAAACUGUGUCAGGACGGGUUUUAUUAUGGAGGAGUGUCUUCUGCUGCCUGCGCUGCCUCAAUUGGAGCAUCCAAACCAAACAAACCUGGACAGAAAACUCUGGACAAACUCUUUGUGAAAGGAUCCGCUCAACAUGUGGCUCAAGCUAAAAGACUGGCUAUGCAAUCUGGGAAUGUGUCCGGCUGCUCUGAUGAGUUCAAGAGUCUCAUGUCUGCGCCGACUCCUGGAGCUCUGCAGCUGAAGAAACAUUUAACUCAAAACCAAACAGUUGUUAAAACCCCAGAGGGCGCUCCAGUCCAAUCUAUCUCAGCCUCGGACCUUUUAAAACAGCAGAAACAAAAGCAACGCGAGCUCCUCAACGCCCGCAGAGAACGAAACGUACUCCUGUCUCCAAAACCAGGGUCUGAAGUUCCCAAGUCUACCCAGAGUCCAGCCACCCCAGCCACUCCCUACACCCCCUCUGCUCCCUCUGCUCCUACUCUGGGACGGGGCUUCUCUGAAGGGGAUGACAUACUGUUUUUUGACAACAGUCCUCCUUCAGCACCUGCACAGACCUCCCUGAGUCUGUCUGCAGCUAAAAUGGCCGCCCUGAAGAAGCUGAGGGCCAAAGGGAUGGGACUAGAGAAGGAGGAUCCAAACGCAGUGAAGAGGAAACGGAGCAACAGCAAUGAGAUCAGUUCAAGAGUGGAGAAGAACCGCAUGUCACCCAAAAGUGGAUCAGGUAACGAAGAGGAGGAGCCAGCACAGAAAAAAAGAAAAGAGCAACAGCAAUAUGUCCAGUCAGAGGAAUUUCAGAAGAUUCUCAAUGCUAAAUCCAGACACAACGCCAUACUACAGGCUGCAGAGUACCAGCUGCAGGAGAGGUACUUUGAUGCUCUGGUGAAGAAGGAGCAGAUGGAAGACAAAAUGAAGGGCAUCAGAGAAAUGAAGUGUCGCGCUGUCACCUGUAAAAAGUGUAAGUACACUUACUUCAAACCAGCCGAUCGAUGCGUGGGAGAGAACCAUGAUCUGAAAUGGCAUGAUGCUGUGAAACGAUUCUUCAAAUGUCCCUGUGGUCAGAGGGCCAUCGCUCUAGACAGGCUGCCCAACAAACACUGCAGCAACUGUGGCCUCUUCAAAUGGGAGCGUGACAGUAUGCUCAAGGAGAAAACUGGUCCUAAAAUUGGAGGAGAGCUACUUUUGCCUCGAGGUGAAGAACAUGGCAAGUUUCUCAACAGCAUGAAGUGACAGAAACUUUUAACUUGAUCUGUAUAUAUUUAGCAUUGAAGCGACGGGUUUUAGGAGUUUUUCUUUAUUGUAAUACAUCAUGGUUUUAAACAAAUAAUUUUAUUUGUUUUAUUGUCGUCUGUAUAUUAUAUGAAUUAUAUGAACUUUUGAUUAAAGUAACUGAAAGGCAUGGUUACAUUUUGUUAUUAUUAAUGAGACACAGGCACAAUACCACUGUCUGUAGUUUUCUUACAAUAUAAAUAUUUUACAGAAUAUAAAGUCAAUAUUUUAAUUUUCCAAGUCUCCAAAACGACUUUUUGUGAUAUUAUCAUUU